UGUUCGCUCGAGACCAGACAAAACAGACGGACAGGGAGCCGUAUCUCCAGAGGGGCCGGAGCCCGGACCGCGGGCGCUCCGCGCUGCGGGACCCCCGCGCCGCUCCUGCCCUCGGGAGCGCGGUCUCGCCCCGGAGAGUGAGGUUACAGACUGGAGAAGAUUUUUAUCUGAGAAGACAUCAUUCAAGAUGAAGCUAUAAGAAGCUGCAUGUGCUAGAGGAACCUCCAAGGCAGACCCAGGACCCCACUUUGGCUCUGCACAAGGCUGAACAGAGGCAGUACAUGAUUAGAGAGGGAUGAUGACUAAAAGGUGCUUUUCCCACAUGAGUGCAAGAAGAGUAGACAGUUAAAAGAAGUGACUGCUGUGGAGGACAGCAUGACCACCAUGAGAGGAAGCUGCUUCCUCACACUGCUCUUGGCAGGACUUGGGGUGUUAGGAAUACUGGAGUCAACAACAACAGAAGAUACCCACUGCCACAGAGCUGAGCACCCAAUUAUUGCAUACAAAGAAAUUGCCCCUUGGCUACACGUGUUCAAAGCAGAAGAUGCUGUGGACUUCUCACAGUUAACAUUUGACCCAGGACAAAAAGAGCUUAUUGCUGGAGCAAGAAACUACCUCUUCAGAUUGAAUCUUGAGGAUCUCUCUCUAAUACAGGCAGUGGAGUGGCAAUGUGAUGAAGCUACUAAAAGAGCCUGUUACAGUAAAGGCAAAUCAAAGGAGGAAUGCCAGAACUAUAUUCGAGUGCUUCUUGUUGGAGGCAACCAUCUCUUUACCUGUGGAACCAACGCAUUCACUCCAAUCUGCACCAAUCGCACAUUAAGCAACUUGACAGAGAUACAUGACCAAAUCAGUGGCAUGGCUCGUUGUCCCUACAGUCCCCAGCACAAUUCCACUGCUCUUCUCACUGCCAGUGGAGAAUUAUAUGCUGCUACAGCCAUGGACUUUCCAGGAAGGGAUCCUGCUAUUUAUCGAAGUCUGGGGGCCCUUCCUCCUCUCCGAACUGCCCAGUACAACUCCAAGUGGCUGAAUGAACCAAAUUUUGUGUCAUCUUAUGAUAUUGGGAACUUUACCUACUUCUUCUUCCGGGAAAACGCAGUGGAACAUGACUGUGGGAAAACAGUUUUCUCUCGUGCUGCUCGGGUGUGCAAAAAUGAUAUUGGUGGCAAGUUUGUGCUGGAGGAUACCUGGACUACCUUCAUGAAAGCUCGUCUGAACUGCUCUCGCCCUGGAGAAAUUCCAUUUUACUACAAUGAACUUCAGAGUACUUUCUUCCUGCCAGAACUGGACUUGAUCUAUGGCAUUUUUACCACUAAUGUGAACAGCAUAGCAGCCUCAGCAGUUUGUGUUUUCAAUCUGAGUGCCAUAACUCAGGCCUUUAAUGGACCCUUCAAAUACCAGGAGAACUCUCGCUCUGCUUGGCUUCCAUAUCCCAAUCCUAACCCUAAUUUUCAGUGUGGCACCAUGGACCAGGGUUUGUAUGUAAAUCUGACUGAGAGAAAUCUUCAAGAUGCACAAAAAUUCUUCUUAAUGCAUGAAGUUGUUCAACCAGUUAUUCCAAUUCCUUACUUCAUGGAAGACAACAGCCGAUUUUCCCAUGUGGUUGUGGAUGUUGUGCAGGGCAAGGACAUGCUUUUCCAUAUUAUCUAUCUUGCCACAGACUAUGGCACUAUUAAGAAAGUACUUGCCCCAGUGAACCAGACUUCAAGCAGCUGUCUGCUUGAGGAAAUUGAGCUCCUGCCGAAAAGUCAGCGAGAGCCCAUCAGGAGCCUUCAGAUCCUGCACAGCCAGAGUGUCCUUUUUGUGGGCCUUCAGGAACAUGUGAUUAAGGUCCCCCUGAAGAGAUGUCUCUUUUACAAAACAUACAGUGCAUGCAUUGGAUCCCAAGACCCUUAUUGUGGCUGGGACAUGGUGAUGAAGAAAUGCACAACACUGGAAGAGAGUCUGAGCAUGAGUCAGUGGGAGCAAAGCAUUACCGUGUGUCCAAUGAGGAAUCUGACAGUGGAUGGACACUUUGGGACAUGGUCACAGUGGAAGCCUUGCACCCACACUGACGGGGCCAGCGUUGGCUCCUGCCUCUGCAGGACGCGCGUGUGUGACAGUCCUGCUCCUCAGUGUGGAGGAUGGCUGUGUGAAGGGCCAACCAUGGAGAUUGCCAACUGUUCCAGAAAUGGAGGCUGGACACCAUGGACUUCUUGGUCACCUUGUAGCACCACUUGUGGAAUAGGCUUUCAAGUUCGUCAGCGUUCCUGCAGCAAUCCAACCCCUCGGCAUGGAGGGCGCGUCUGUGUGGGACAGAAUCGUGAGGAGAGGUACUGCAAUGAGCAUUUGUUGUGCCCCCCUCAUGUGUUUUGGACAGGCUGGGGGCCAUGGGAGCGCUGCACAGCUCAGUGUGGAGGAGGGAUCCAGGCACGGCGCAGGACUUGUGAGAAUGGCCCUGACUGUCCUGGCUGCAGCGUGGAAUAUCAGCCUUGCAACACCAACGCCUGCCCAGAGUUAAAAAAGACAACUCCCUGGACGCCCUGGACGCCGGUGAACAUCUCAGACAACGGCGGUCACUACGAGCAGCGUUUCCGAUACACCUGCAAGGCACGCCUGCCCGACCCCAACCUGCUGGAGGUGGGGCGGCAGCGCAUCGAGAUGCGCUACUGCUCCAGCGACGGCACCAGCGGCUGCUCCACAGACGGAUUGUCAGGGGACUUCCUGCGUUCUGGAAGAUACUCUGCUCAUACCAUCAAUGGUGCCUGGUCACCCUGGUCUCCAUGGUCUCAGUGCAGUCGUGACUGCAGUAGAGGUAUCCGGAAUCGCAAACGGGUCUGCAGCAAUCCUGAGCCCAAGUAUGGGGGACUUCCUUGCCUUGGCCCAUCUCUGGAGUACCAGGAAUGCAACAUUUUGCCUUGCCCAGUGGAUGGAGGCUGGUCUUGCUGGUCGUCCUGGUCAAAGUGCUCAGCCACGUGUGGAGGAGGGCAUUACAUGAGAACCCGCUCAUGCACAAACCCAGCCCCAGCGUACGGAGGGGAUAUCUGCCUUGGCCUGCACACGGAGGAAGCACUCUGCAACACACAGCCAUGUCCAGACAGCUGGUCCGAGUGGUCCGAGUGGUCUGACUGCGACUCGUCUGGCCUCCAGACUCGCGCUCGGCAGUGCAUCCUUGUGUUCCCUGUGGGCAGCCAGUGCACAGGCAAUACCACGGAGAACCGAGCCUGCGGGGUGGACUCCAACUUCAUACCAGAAAUAUCUGUGGCACGAUCCAGCAGCAUAGAAGAGAAACGAUGUGGCGAGUUCAACAUGUUCCACAUGAUCGCAGUGGGACUGAGCAGCUCAAUCCUGGGGUGCCUUCUCACCCUGCUUGUUUACACCUACUGCCAGCGGUACCAGCAGCAGUCCCACGACGCCACCGUCAUCCACCCGGUGUCACCCGCUCCGCUCAACACCAGCAUCACCAACCACAUCAACAAACUGGACAAAUACGACUCUGUGGAGGCCAUCAAGGCAUUCAACAAAAACAACCUGAUUCUAGAGGAGAGAAACAAAUACUUCAAUCCACAUCUUACUGCAAAGACUUAUUCUAAUACCUAUUUUACAGAUUUCAAUAAUUAUGAUGAAUACUAAUGGGCUUGUGUAUUUUCUGGCCUCCUGUAACUCCCCAGUCCCAAGGCCUUUGCUACUCAAGUGCUCAUGUGAUUGAGGCUUCAGAGAUGAAGUUCAGAGACAUUUCAAGCACGAUCCAAGCCAUCAAAUCCCAUUGCUGCCAAAAGCCCAAACCACCUGUUUGUGACAUGAUGUUUUCUUUGCAGAAUGCAAAGUUGGCCUUCAGUGUCAGGGGCAGCUGUAGCCCCUUAGUGUUGCUGGACCACUCAUGAGGAUUGCAUUGCUUCGCUCAGUUUCAUAAAUUUCCACUCAUAUUUCUCUAACAAGUGACUAAGUCAUUCCGGAGUCUUAAAAAGAAAUAAUAAUGUUACCCCUUAAAUCUGGGCCAGGAGUGCAAAUCUAAUUUUCUUUCUAGGCAUUGUCUUUUAUUUCCUUGGGGUUUAAAAAGGGAGCUUUGCUGUUAGCCCUCUGUGCAGUCUCCUGAAGCUCACACUGCCAAAAAGAGCUCACAAGGUGCUGGGGAUGACAAGAAGAAAUGUGGCAGUUUAGUGAUCCUCUGCAGCAGCUCUGGGCUCUGUAGGCUGAUCUUCCUGGGCUGUAAAUCACUCUGGCUGCUGUUCAGCUGCUCAGAGUGCAGAGAGGUACUAAGGCUGUACCGAGGGAUACAAUCUUGUAAUUAACCCGGUCACCUCCGGGGUCAGUGCUUUGCAGCUGCAAGCCGAGCCCAGUCACACAACGCCUUCACCUUGCUCAGUUUAAUUUUUGCGAGGGUGUGGAAGGGGCAUGUCCCAAGGGAGCCCGAGGGAGGAGGGCAGGUGGGAGAGGCACACUGGGAGGUUUUUCUCUGUGUCUUUAACGAGCCAGCCUUGCUGCAGCACGCGGGUUUGUUGUGGCAUUCCACAGGCUUCCUCUCCCUGGUGCGUGCCCAUGGGACACACUUGUCUCUGAUGGCUGUGGCCACCAGGCUGGCCAUGGGGCAGUACAACUGCACUGUGUAUUGUGUGCCAUCUCUGGCUCUUGGGGGCAUGUAGGCAUAAUCAUAGGUCUGCUUUUUUCUUUCCAGCUUUUACUUUAUAUGCACGUGUCCAACAAACAAAGCUGGCUCAGAGAAUAUAAAUACAUUUGCAAGGGGCUGUCUCAUCUUGCUGCCAUGUCUGACCUGCAUCAGUCAGCCCCUAGAGGAACAUUCUUAUGGUGUUUCAAGUGAUGAUCUUGUUGGAUUUCAUUGAUGUACAUAUUUAAGUUUUAAGUUAUCAGUUUUAAUUCCUUUUGUAGUGGUAGAUGAGAAAACACAAAGUUUUAUACCAUUUUUCUUUGUCUUGUCUGUUUUCACCCACAUUCAUGACAUUUUUAUUUUUGUAUCUGAAAUUUUAUAUGUAUAACUAAAAAGAAAAUUGCAGGGAUUUGAGUCAGAUUUUACAGAGUUUAUAGUAGCAAGGAAGCAUUUGCUAUUCUCAGAAGCUAGUGAGAAGAAAUUAAGUGAAUAUUA